GUUACACAGCAGCUGCCGCGGCUCCUCGUUCUCUCUCAGGGAGAAACAGAGGCUCGGUUCCUCCGCCACGAAGUCUGCCGCCGCCGCCGCCGCUGCCGCUGCGCCGCCUCUCCGGUGAGCGGACAGGAGGUCUGACCCUGAGGAAACACGUGACACACAAACAGGUCACCCACCUGUUGCUCGCGUCCUCUGCGUGUCAUAUCGUGGCAGAUCCACUCCCACGCUCGCUCCGUCCUGACCCACCAUCAGGCCACACACCACAGCCAGAGCCACGAGCCUCAUGUUUGACCACAACAUUCAGAUCGUCCGUCUGUGUGAGAGUGUUCAUCAGCUCCGCAGAUCUGCUGAUCAGAUCAGGUCAUUCCAGCCGCUGCGUCCUGCUCCUCCACGACUCUCGCCAUGCCGCUGUCUCGGUCCUUGUCCAUGACGUCCCUGAGCGGGGUGCUGCCGGCCUGGGAGGAGGAUGAGCUGCCCGUGGAGGACCUGCUGCUCUUCGAGGUGGCCUGGGAGGUCACCAACAAAGUGGGAGGAAUCUACACAGUGAUCCAGACCAAGGCGAAGAUCACGAUGGACGAGUGGGGGGAGAACUACUUCAUGAUGGGGCCGUACUUUGAGCAGAACUUCAAGACACAGGUGGAAGCCUGCGAGCCGCCCAACCCCGCCAUCAGGAAGGCCAUGGAGUCUCUCAUCCACAAUGGCUGCCAGGUUCAUUUUGGACGCUGGCUAAUCGAGGGGAGCCCCUAUGUGGUCCUGUUUGACAUUGGCUCCGCUGCUUGGAACUUGGACCGGUGGAAGGGCGACCUGUGGCACACGUGCCACAUUGGCCUGCCGUACCAUGACCGCGAGGCCAACGACUCACUCAUCCUGGGCUCCUUGAUCGCCUGGUUCUUCAAAGAGCUGACGGACAACCUCGGAGACAAGCCAAAUGUAGUUUGCCAUUUCCAUGAGUGGCAGGCAGGACUUGGGCUUAUUCUCUCCCGCUCCCGUAGGAUUCCCAUGGCAACAGUGUUCACGACGCACGCCACCCUCUUGGGACGAUACCUCUGUGCUGGGAAUGCUGACUUUUAUAACAACCUGGACAAGUUCAACGUUGACAAGGAGGCAGGUGAGAGACAGAUCUACCAUCGCUACUGUCUGGAGAGAGCUGCGGUCCACUGUGCUCACGUCUUCACCACAGUGUCAGAGAUCACCGCUGUGGAGGCCAACCACAUGCUGCACAGGAGGCCAGAUGUGGUGACCCCAAACGGGCUGAACGUGAAGAAGUUCUCAGCCAUGCACGAGUUUCAAAACCUGCACUCCACCAGCAAGGCACGCAUCCAGGAGUUUAUCAGAGGACACUUUUAUGGUCACCUCGACUUCAACCUGGAUAAAACCCUUUUCUUCUUUAUUGCUGGCCGCUAUGAGUUCUCCAACAAGGGAGCUGAUAUUUUCCUCGAGUCACUGUCCAGACUAAACUACCUACUGCAGGUCCACAAAAACGAUGUAACAGUGGUGGUGUUUUUCAUAAUGCCAGCACAAACCAACAACUUCAAUGUGGAGUCACUGAAGGGCCAAGCGAUACGCAAACAGCUCUGGGACACCGCUCACAUUGUGAAAGAGAAGUUUGGAAAGAAGCUGUAUGAUGCUCUGUUAAAAGGGAGCAUCCCUGACAUGAACUCCAUCCUGGAGCGAGACGACUUCACCAUGAUGAAGAGAGCCAUCUACGCCACUCAGAGACACAGCCUCCCUCCAGUGACCACUCACAACAUGUUGGAAGACUCAACAGAUCCCAUCCUGACCAAUGUCAGGCGCAUUGGCCUCUUCAACUCCAGGAGUGACCGUGUUAAGAUCAUCUUCCACCCUGAGUUCCUGUCCUCCACCAGUCCCCUGCUGCCAAUGGACUAUGAGGACUUUGUCCGUGGCUGUAACCUUGGAGUGUUUCCCUCAUACUACGAGCCGUGGGGAUACACACCCGGUGAGUGUACCGUCAUGGGCAUUCCCAGUGUGACCACCAACCUGUCCGGCUUUGGCUGCUUCAUGGAGGAGCAUGUCUCCGACCCUGCUGCCUAUGGGAUCUACAUUGUGGACCGCCGGUUCUGUUCCCCUGAGGAGACCUGUAACCAGUUGACCCAGUACAUGUUCAGUUUCUGCCAGCAGUCACGGCGUCAGCGCAUCAUCCAACGGAACCGCACUGAGAGACUGUCUGACCUGCUGGACUGGAGGUUCCUGGGCCGGUUCUACGUUCACGCCCGCCACCUGGCACUGAGCAGAGCUUUCCCCGAGAAGUACACGAUGGACCCCAUCACCCUGAAGACAGAGGGUUACCGCUACCCACGCCCCUACUCGGUGCCACCCUCUCCUUCGGCCUCCGUCCACUCCACCCCUCACCACAGUGAUGAGGAGGAGGAUGAAUAUAAUGAUGAUGAACACGAGCCCUACGAUGAAGACUUGGAGGCGGAGAGGGACCGGCUGAAUAUCAAGGCUCCUUUUGUGCUGGGUGCUGUGCCUAAUUGAGGUAGUUUGUGGGUUUAUUCAGUGCCUCUGCUCAGUGUGUAUGAAAUAAACAUGAAAUGAAAUGUAAA